AUGCCGGUCAAGAAGGAGGAGCCCGAGGAGGCCAUCAGCGCCUUCGAGCGCAUGCGCCGGGAAAACAUUGCGAGGAACCAAAGCAUAUUAAAGGACUUGGCACAAACGUCAAAUAAGAUUAUGCCUGCGAAGCCGAAGCCGGCUCCCAAAACCCGGUCCGCUCCUGUCAAGAAGGAGGCAGUAGCUGUCGCCGCGGGGCCCGUCCGUCGUAGUGCCCGCGUCGCCGGACUUGACGCCGAUAACGAGACACUGAAACGCAAGUACGAGGUCGAGCUCGAAGACCAGGCUGCCAAGGAGAAGGCCAAAAAGAAGCGUGUCGGUGGGACCCUUAGCUUGGGUGACAUCGCCGUCGAGGGCAAGAAGUUCAACAAGGGCAUUGAUGGCCUGGGCUCGCUGGUGCCUCGCGGCGCCCAGCCUGGAGUGCCUACCUUCACCGAUGAGGAUAUUGAGAACACAUCCGACAAGGACCUCAAGGACCUUAGGAAAAAAAUGGGCAAGCUGGAGCUUUACGACAAGUGGAUUCCCAAUGAUAUUAAGAUCUGUCCUCAACGUAUAUACGCUUCGACUUUCCAUCCCACCGAGGAGAAGGCGGUCAUCUUUGCCGGCGACAAAGAAGGAGCCCUCGGUGUCUUCGACGCUUCGCAGGAGGGCCCCCCGGAGAGCAAUGACGACGAUGACGAAGAGGCAGAGUGGAAAGAGCCGGAGAUUGGCGCCUACAAGAUCCACUCUCGAACCAUUACCACGAUUAUCGUCUCACCUUUUGACCACCAGAAAGUCUACACCUCGUCGUAUGACUCCACGAUCCGCGUUCUCGACUUGGCCAAGGACGUGUGCGUUCCCGUCUGGGAGCCCGCAGAUAAAGAGGAGGAUGUUCCCUUGUCGGCCAUCGACAUCCCCCUUACCAACAAGGACCUUGUCUACUUCUCAACCCUCGCCGGAGCUGUGGGAAAAGUUGACAUGCGCGACCCGAAGGGAUUUGAGACAUGGCAGCUGUCGGAUAACAAGAUUGGCGGCUUUUCUCUGAACCCACGUGAGCCGCAUCUGCUGGCCACUGCCUCGCUAGACCGGAGCAUCAAGAUUUGGGAUUUGCGCAAGAUCUCUGGUAAGGGCGACAUGCGUUUCCCGGCGAUGCUCUACGAGCACGACUCCAGGCUCUCCGUCUCCCACGCCUCCUGGAGCCCGGGCGGCCAGAUCGCGACGUCGUCAUACGACGACACAAUCAAGAUCUACGACUGGGCGGACCACAGUACUUGGGACAGCAGCGGCAUGGAACCGAAGGAGAUCGUCAAGCACAACAACCAGACCGGCCGCUGGGUAACGAUUCUCAAACCGCAGUGGCAAAAACGGCCCAAGGACGGCAUUCAAAAGUUUGCCAUUGGAAACAUGAACCGGUUCGUCGAUGUCUACGCCGCCAACGGCGAGCAGCUUGCCCAGCUAGGCGGGGAUGGCAUCUCGGCUGUCCCUGCAGUCGCCCAGUUCCAUCCGACGAUGGACUGGGUUGCAGGCGGCACCGCCAGCGGCAAACUCUGCCUCUGGAUGUGA